CAGAGGGAGGAAGAAGCCGCGGCUCUUCUUUAUUGAGGAGAAAAACUCAAAGGGAUAAAAAGGAAUCAUGCGGUAGGCAAAGAAGGCUUCCCAUUCUCAGCAGCACCUUUAGAAAUUGACAUCCCACUGCCGAGCUGCUACCUUGCAAAGACUGCUACUGUCAAUGGAGCUGGAAAACAUUGUUGCCAACACUGUCUUGCUAAAAGCCAGGGAAGGGGGUGGAGGAAAACGUAAAGGCAAAAGCAAAAAGUGGAAGGAAAUCUUGAAGUUCCCUCACAUUAGCCAGUGUGAAGAUCUCCGGAAGAUGAUAGACAGAGAUUACUGUAGUCUGUGCGACAAGCAGCCAAUUGGAAGACUUCUUUUCCGACAGUUCUGUGAAACCCGGCAUGAGCUGGAGUGCUGUAUUAGGUUCCUUGACUCCGUGGCAGAGUAUGAAAUUACACCAGAUGAAAAACUGGGAGAGAAAGGGAAGGAAAUCGUGAUGAAAUACCUCACCCCAAAGUCCCCAGCGUAUGUCACUGAAGUCAGCCAAGACCUGAUCCACCAAACAGAGGAGAAACUUGAACUGAGACCCUGCAAAGAACUCUUUUCACACUGUGCAAAAUCUGUCCUGGACUACCUAAGUGGAGAACCAUUUCAAGAAUACCUGGAGAGCAUGUAUUUUGACAGAUUUCUCCAGUGGAAGUGGUUGGAAAGACAACCAGUGACCAAAAACACUUUCAGGCAAUAUCGAGUGCUAGGCAAAGGAGGCUUCGGUGAGGUCUGUGCUUGUCAGGUUCGGGCUACAGGUAAAAUGUAUGCCUGUAAGCGGCUGGAGAAGAAGAGGAUAAAGAAGAGGAAAGGAGAAUCCAUGGCUCUCAAUGAGAAGCAGAUUUUAGAAAAAGUCAACAGCCAGUUUGUUGUCAACUUAGCCUAUGCCUAUGAAACAAAGGAUGCAUUGUGCUUAGUUCUGACCAUCAUGAAUGGGGGUGACCUGAAGUUCCACAUCUACAACAUGGGAAACCCAGGCUUCGAGGAGGAGAGAGCCUUGUUUUAUGCAGCAGAGAUCCUUUGUGGCUUGGAAGACCUUCACAGGGAAAAUACUGUGUACAGAGAUUUGAAACCAGAAAAUAUCCUGUUAGACGAUUACGGACAUAUCAGAAUAUCUGAUCUGGGUCUAGCUGUGAAGAUUCCUGAAGGAGACUUGAUCCGGGGCAGGGUAGGAACAGUAGGAUAUAUGGCCCCAGAAGUCCUGAACAACCAGAGGUAUGGGCUGAGUCCAGACUACUGGGGCCUGGGCUGCCUCAUUUUUGAGAUGAUUGCUGGACAGUCGCCCUUCCGAGGGAGGAAAGAGAAAGUGAAGCGUGAAGAGGUGGACAGGAGAGUCCUAGAGACAGAAGAGGUGUACUCUCACAAGUUCUCCGACGAAGCCAAGUCCAUUUGUAAAAUGCUACUAGCCAAAGAUGCAAAGCAAAGACUGGGCUGUCGAGAGGAGGGGGCUAUGGAAGUGAAGAGACACCCAUUUUUCAGAAACAUGAAUUUCAAGCGAUUGGAAGCAGGAAUGUUGGACCCUCCCUUUGUACCAGAUCCCCGAGCUGUGUACUGUAAGGAUGUGUUGGAUAUCGAGCAAUUCUCCACAGUAAAAGGUGUCAACCUGGACCACACAGAUGAUGAUUUCUAUUCCAAGUUCUCCACAGGAUCCGUAUCAAUUCCAUGGCAAAAUGAGAUGAUAGAAACUGAAUGUUUCAAGGAGUUGAAUGUGUUUGGACCAAACGGUACUCUUUCACCCGACCUGAAUCGGAGCUAUCCUCCUGAACCGCCAAAGAAAGGGCUGCUACAUCGAAUAUUCAAGCGUCAGCAUCAGAACAACUCCAAGAGUACUUCUAAUUCCAAGGCAAAUUUUAAUCACCACAUCAACUCCAACCAUGUACGUUCAAACUCUACUGGAAGCAGCUAGUUUCAACUCAAAUCUGGGAGUUACAAAUGGGGCCAAGCCCUAGUCCUUCCACUUUAGAAACAGAGAUCCUGCCAACAAGAGCCUCCACCGUAGCUGAGUUAGGCCAAUGCUUCCACCCCUCCAAAAGCCAGAGAGGGGCCCUGUCCAAACCUCGGAAGUGGAGCCUCCAAUUUUCCUGAAGAAAUUCCCACUCAGGUCUGUUUUUCUGGAGGGGCUCUUGGACAGCUGGUGUGAUGGCACUGGGUCUCUGUAGAACGUUGCAAUAGAAAUCCAACUGAUAAGACGACUUGCACGUAUUUAAAUAGCAUCAUACCUAGAACUGAAAUUUGUCCUUAUUAUUUUUAAAGAAAAGUUUUGUAAAUUUCUCUAUUGUCUCAGUUUACAUUUUGUAUAUUUGUAUUUAAAUGAAAGUCAGACUUUGAGGGUGUAUAUUUUCUGUGCAGCAGCCGUUGUAAAGCCAUGUGUUUUAAGACAUUGAGGGGAAGGGGAGGGCAGGGGGGGAUUUUAAAAAUGUGACUCAAGACUUCCAGAGCCUCAAAUGAAAAUUUGUUGUUUUUAUUAACUGUAGAGAAUUACUCCAAUUUCACAUUAGCUAAUGGGUUAUAUUUCCAUACACAUUUGAUGGCACAAUUUAUUCCUAACUAACUUACAUCUGUUUGUAUAUUUGAUUUAUAGCAACACUGCAUACAAUCUGUUAGUUUGUAACGUCUUGUAUUAAAUGCUUA